AUGGCUAAUGAUGAGUCCGAUGCUCUCGAUGUACUUGAGAAAGAAGCGAAGGAAUAUGACAAGGACGCAGAGAUCGAUCGUAUCCUCAAUGCCUUUAGACUCGAUGCCUACGCAGUACUAGACCUCCAACCCGGAGUACCUGAAUCAGACAUCAAGGUCGUUUAUCGCAAGAAGUCUUUACUAAUUCACCCGGACAAGACCAAAAAUCCUUCGGCCCCGGAAGCCUUUGACCGGCUCAAGAAAGCACAAACUGCAUUACUGGAUGAGAAGCAACGUCAGCACCUUGAUGAAUGCAUCGCAGAUGCAAGACAACUGUUGAUCAGACAGCACAAGUACACUGUGGACUCUGAGGAGCUAAAAACAGAGGAAUUCAAGCAGGAAUGGCGAAAAAAGACGGUCGAAGUACUGGUAGAAGCAGAGGCUCGGAGGCGGCGACAGAUGAAGGCGAGAAUGCAAGAAGAGGGUCGUGAGAAGGCGAAAGAGGACGCGCAGUUGGAGGAGAGAAAGCGAAAGCGUGACCAUGAGAAAGAUUGGGAGGAAACCAGAGAGCAGCGAAUAGGGAGUUGGCGCGAUUUCCAAAAGGGCGCCAAAAAGGGCGAGGAGGGCAAGAAGAAAAAGAAGAUGAAGGUCCUGGGCUGA